AUGAAUCACAUCUUCUUUAUCGGCCAAAUCAUUGGCAUUUUCUCCAUCUCUGCCAUUUUACUCUUCCUCCUCGCCAAGCUGGUUUGCCGCCAACCUGUCAUUGUGCCAGACGGUCACGGCUACGCAGUGCUGAUAACGGGCUGUGACAGCGGAUUUGGGUAUCAGUUGGCUCGAUGUUUGGACCACAGAGGCUUUGUGGUGUUUGCAGGGUGUUUGUGUCCAGAAGGAGCCGGAGCCCUCAGUCUGCAGAGUCAGAGCUCCAGAAAUCUUAAAAUCCUCAAGCUCAACGUGACCAGUGAUGAAGACGUGCAGCUGGCGAAGAAGAUUGUGCAGGAGAACUUACCGGAGAGAGGUCUGUGGGCCGUCGUGAACAAUGCAGGUAUCUCCGACUGGGCCGAGAUUGAAUGGAGCACCAUUGAUGAUUUCCGCCACAUGGUCGACAUCAAUCUUUUCGGCUGCAUCAGAACCUCCAUAGCAUUUCUACCUUUUGUCCGUGCUGCCAAAGGUCGUAUGGUCUUCAUGUCCAGCAUCUUUGCCUUCUUCAAUUGCCUGAACAUGGGGGCAUACAGCGUGUCCAAGAGAGGACUGGAGGCUUUCGCGGAUUGCCUGAGGGUUGAAUUAGCCAGUUUUGGUGUGAAGGUCAGCAUCAUCCAACCUGGUAACUUCGGCCAGGCCACCAACAUUGUGAAGCUGAAAACAGCGUACGAUAUAUGGGAGCGCCUGGACGAAGACCGAAAGCAAAGGUUCAACCAGCAGUACAUCAAGCUUGCCAACGAGUACUUCCUGUCAACGUGUCGGAGUGGAUUCAAGAACGCUGACCUCGUCAUCAAUGCCAUGCUGCAUGCAGUCACGUCGGCUAAGCCUAAGUACAGAUACCUGCUGGUGUCGUCCAUGGAUAUGUGUUUCUUUAAAGUCUUCCCCUAUCUUCCCACUGCCCUCACUGAUGCUGUGUUUACUCUCAGCUCCAUGUACACAAAAAGAAAAGAAAUGCUGUAUGCAAAAUAG